AUGGGACAUGUGUCGCAGCAGCAGCAGCAGCAGCAGCAGCAGCAGCAGCAGCAGCAACAGGAGCAGCAGCGGCGGCGGCAGCAGGAGCAGCAACAGCAGCGGCAGCAGCGGCAGCAGCAGCAGCAGCAGCAGGACGAGGAGAAGUUAAAGCGGAAGGAGCAGCAGCAGAAGCAGGAGCAGCAGGAGGCAGACCAACUGCUGCGGCAGCAAGGCUUACACGAGACAGACGUGGAGCGGCGCGUGCCAGGGCCGGCGGAACGCGAGCAGCUGCAGGAGGAGGAGAACCAGGAGCCUGCUGCAGCAGGUCACCAAGCAGGCCCAGCAAGCACAGCCCCCGUCCUGGCGUCCGGCCCUAGCAAACCCCAGCAGCGCCGCGAAUGCGCCGUCUGCGGCAAGACGGCGCGCGAGGGCGCCGAGCUGCGGCGCUGCGCGGGCUGCGGGCGCGUCACCGGGACGCGGUACUGCAGCCAGGAGUGCUGCAGGACGGACUGGGUGGUGAGGGGGCACCGCGCGGUGUGCGAGGCGGCGCGGCGGGGCGGCGGCACCAGCAGCGGCAGUCAGCCGAAGGGUGUUGGUGCAUGA